UGAAGGUACCAAUAUCAACAGCGUCUCAGAGGUUCUCAGGGUGUGUGUGAACUGCGCAUGUGCGGGACUGAGCUAUAUCGGAAGCAAAGUCGGGCUUAUCCAGGGGGUUCACAUCAAAAACCGAAAAUAAAAGAGCCAUGUCUGGUUUCCUGGACGGAAUCCGGUGCGGAGACUGCGAGUGCAAUGUGGACUGGGGAGAAAGAAGAAACACCAUUGCAUCUGUAGCUGCUGGAGUGCUGUUCUUCACUGGUUGGUGGAUUAUCAUCGAUGCAGCAGUCAAAUAUCCUGAUGAGGGAACGUUUCAUCACGCCUAUCACACAUGUGGAGUCAUCGCUACAGUGGCCUUUCUCAUGAUAAAUGCUGUUUCAAACGGCCAGGUGAGAGGAGACAGCUACAGUGAAGGCUGUAUUGGACAGACAGGCGCGCGAGUGUGGCUCUUCAUUGGCUUCAUGCUGGCUUUUGGCUCCCUCAUUGCCUCCAUGUGGAUUCUGUUUGGAGGAUUCGUAGUGCCUCAAAAGGAUGCCGUGUACCCCGGUAUUGCCAUUUUCUUCCAAAAUGCGUUCAUUUUCUUUGGGGGUUUGGUCUUCAAGUUUGGACGUACAGAAGAUCUGUGGCAGUAAUGAACCCUGUGUGUCUUCGUGUCAACUGUUUAUACACUUGGCUUCUUAUGUUGUAUGAGACAGUAUGCUUCAGCGGUUAUUCACUUUAUAUAUAAACCUUUUUAGCUUUCAAAUUAACAUGUUUAAUUUAUAUUGUUUGCUGUAUAAAAGCUUAAUCAUUACUAAGCACAACUUUUCAUAGAGUCAUUUAAAAGUUUUGAAUGUGGCACAUAUUUAAAUGUGUCUAUUUGCACUCAGACUGUGUAGCCAUGUUAGAAUGAUUUACAACUUGUGUAUAACAAAAUGUGUAUUUUGGGAGCUUUACUUCACAUUUCCUUUGGGUAUACUUACUUGUACAACAUCCUUUAAUUUGAACAGUCUUUUAGUGGAAACCACAUAAAUUAUUAUGGUACAAAAUAUCAUUGGGGGCAAUAUUUCAUAUACUGUACACAUUUACUGAAUGUAACCAUAAGGGGUUGUUUGUAUUUUCCUGAAAUACCACGGUUACUUUGUCAGCGCAGAAACUUUGCAGUCAUCCAGAUUUAUAUUCAAAGGUUAAUAAGCUCACACUGCUGACAUAAAGUCAACAAAGGUUUCUCGACUGUGUGACAUAUAUGUGUACUGGAGAUUUGUGUUUGACUGCAACACGUAACCCAUUUACUUGUGUAACAUCCAAGCCAUGAGGUCAGUUUCUGACCACCAUGGCAUCAUUAAACAAAUACAUUCUGGGCAGUAAA